AUGGAUUUCUGGACGCGCCUCAUAGCAAACACGCCGCUCUCGGCACGGUCGACUGCCAAAGAUGCUGCGCGGGAUCCCGUCAGGCGCCGCCAGCGCUUCGAGAAGGAGUACAGCAGCCUCCUGCACACCUGGCGAGUGUCCUCAAACCUCACAAAGGAUGUCGACGCUGCCGAGACGAUCGAGAUGCGCCUGCAGGAGCUCACCAACAUCCUCACCGACGAGUCGCGGCGGCCCCUUCCCCACCCAUGCAUUUCGUUCUGCGCUACGAAGAAGAUCUAUGUUCCGAUUGCCAAGAUUGCGACCUCCUCAUACAACGAAUGGAUCAUCAAGGAAGCCGUGCUCUUCUUUGCCACACUCAUCGAGAGUGAGGAGGAGGCAUUUGUGGAAAACGAUGAAUUUGCCGCCAGCUUGACCAAUCUGCUGGUUCGCAUUACGGGUCAGAACAGCAUCCGGCUGGGCUCUGACACCGAGAUUAGGGUCGUCGAGCUUGCGUUCAACAUCACUACAAAGAUUCGUCUCGAGCCUGAGAUCUUGCCAACCUGGUUCAAAGCAGCCAGCGUGCCUACUCAAGCUGGCCCUGAGAAAUUCAAAGAUGAUCGGGAGCGCUUCGAGGGCAGGUCACAGAAGCAGGACUUUCCGCUCUUCUACCUGCUCAUGGACUACAUCCACCACGAAGGCAAGAUUGGAGACUUUGCCCGGACCGGCCUGCUAUACGUCAUUGAGGCAGCAUCGAGCUCGGUAUCCUUGGAACAAUGGAUCGUGGAGAGUGACCUGUCGACUUUGAUGGCGACAGGUCUCGGAGCUCUCUACAGUCAGCUCAGCCGCAAGCUUGUAAUUGACCACCCAACUCAGGACCUCCCACCUAUCCUCGCCCUGUCAGACUACCAACACCCAGAGACCACGCACGAAAUCGUCAGCUCCUGUAACCCAGAUUUCCAACUACACUUGGAGACCUUUCUUUCUCAUCUACUUUUCUGGCAAGAUGUUCUCAACCACUGCCGGUCCCUUGAGAUAAAGUCAACCCUUCUAGAGCAUUUCCAGAUCAUCUUUCUUCAACAACUCCUAUAUCCUUCGCUCUUGGAAUCUUCAGACGUGGACGGGGGUUCGUCAGUAGCUGUACUGACUUACCUUCGUCGUAUCCUUGAAUCGCUUGAUCAUCCCGACAUGAUCAAUCUCAUUCUACACUACCUCUUGGCGCUGCCUGACAGGGACAGUUCGAGGACACUGAGCACCGAACCAUCAGUCAGCGCAGCGCGCAAGCGCAAAUCCAUGGACUUGGCGAGCAUGAUGGCCUCGAAGGUUGAGUCCACAUACGAGCCGUUACUCUUCAAUCUGGUCGACCUCAUCCAAUCUUGUCUCAAGUCUAAAAACCAGCAGACCGUCUCGGUGACUUUGCAGCUGCUUGCAGCGAUACUUAAGCGGCAUCAUCGCUACGCCAUUGUCACGCUGCUACACACCGAGGCUGUCAACCCCCAAACAUCACAGCGGACGGUCGGCGCCCACCAGCAAGAGGUCGAGUUCAUCACAGCCCUGGCAACGUCGCUGGGCGGGCAUCAAGACGUGCUGGAUGAACUGUACGAGUCGAUCUUGAAGGAUAGCAUGACGCGUGUCGAGAGCCAUCCGUGCUCGUUGAAGUUGAUAGCCCCACAACUGGCCGCCACGAACCAUAAACUCCCAGCUGUCCCAGAAAGUGUGCCUGGCGCACCGAGAGAAGUGCCUCCGCACACCCUCCGCCGGGAGGACCCCAUCCUCAAUUCGAUGAUGGACAUAUUUGAGACAUUCUUCAUCAACUCCGUUGAGACCAACUUGUCCGUCACCGAAGCCUUACUGGACCUUGCAGUCUGCGGGCACAUUGGCAUUGAAGGGUGGUUGUUGCGCCAUCCGGCAAAGUAUAUAUUCGAUGGAGCGAUCGACGAGGAUGAGACCGUACCCGAACAAUCGUCGAAUGGCGACAAUGACGCAGAGGAGGACGAGGUGCCUGAAAGUAUAAGCGAGCUCGACACGUUGAAGGCUAUUGCCAAAUGCCGCCGAUACCCAAAGUGGCAGGCCUCGAGCCUGCCUCGAACCCUCCGUACGCUCGAGUCACUGGCCGAUCAGGUCGAACUGUAUAGGCAGUCUAUCCCUCGCUUUGAUGAUCUCCUCCAACAGAGACGAGACGCCUUCCAGACAGCGGAUGCCGCGCUUGCGCCAGAUCCUCCACCAGUGCCGUCUAAAUCGGUCACGCCUGGCCAGGACCAAACCCCGGUGGAUGGUUCUCGUGCAGCGUCUCCAGCCCGGCCUAGUGCGCUUGAGGGCUUUGCUCAGAGAAUAUUUUCCGAGUUGAGCACGCCCACCAAGAGUCGAUCGGCCAGUCCACGUGGGAGGGGAGACGGCACGCUGGCAAGUAACCUCUUUGGCACACCCAACAAGCCUCUGCCAAGCACACCUAGAGAUAAUCGGCCUGAGCACGAAACACCUACUAAGGGCGGCAGGCUGAGGUCGCUUUCGCCUGCUGUACAUAACGAUGGUAACAGCUUGGAUGCAGCCGCGAAAUCCAUUCCGGCAAGCCAAUUGGCAGCGUUUGCAGCCAUUGAUCAGGAAAUUCUUGGUCGCAAAGUCGGCCUCCCAUCCAAGAGAUUGGAAGCGAUACCCCUACGCUUCAACACGAAGAACGCUACAGAGGACUCGUCAAAAGUGGACGCCACGGGAGAUGAUGCACAGAACUCUGAUCCUGCCACGGCUGAGACGGUCCAGGCUCCAGUAACGAAUACUGAGGAGUCUGAUCAGCCAUCACAGCCUACAAAGCAAAGUGGAGAUGGAGAAGAUGAGAUAGGCAUUGCCCAACCAUCAGGAGCGAGCACGCCUGCCGGUGAGAAGGAGGUUACAGUGUCGCACGUCAUCACCAACGUCAUCGUGCUGCAGUCGUUCUUGUUUGAGCUCGCUGGUCUGGUUCAGGUCCGAGGCAGCCUAUUCAACGAGAUCAAAUUUGCUUAG